GGGCGGGGCGAGCGGGGCGCGCCGAGGCGACGCGGCCACGAGCCCGGAGGUGCGGGGAGACCGAGGCGGGCAGAGCCGGGCCGGCCGCCUGCGGCUCAGCGCCCUCCGAGCGACGUCGCCGAGCUCCGGGGACCGCCGCCUCUGCCCCCGCGCCGGGAAAACUUUUUAUUUUCUGCCCCUCCUGCCCGGGGAGGGUGUAUGCGAGGAUCGGAGCGGUCGGUCGGCUCCGGGAAGCCCCUGCAGCGGCGACUCCCGGGGACGGGCGGAGCGAGCGGCCGGGCUCUCGCGCGCGUCUCCUUACCUGCCCCUCGCUCCCCCGAGCGGCCGAAGGGCCCGGGCCGCGCGGGUGCCAGCGCCCGGGAACUCUCCCCGCCGCCGCGCCACCGCCGCCUGGACGCAACUUCAACUUGAUUGUUCUCGCGCAGCCCGGGCACCCGCGGCGGCUGCUGCUGCCGCCGCCGCCGCCUCCCCAGUCGCCUUACAAAGGGACGCCGGGGAAAGAGGCGACAGAGGCGGCGGGCACCGGCGCCAGCGCGCGGGGCGCGGGCCUUCCAGCGGGCGGGCAGACAAAAGGGAAAAGCUGCCUCCGCGCCCCGAGCCCCGAGCGGACCCGCCGCCGCCGCUGGCCCCCCGGCCGGCUCCGCGCGCUGCCCCCUCGGCUGCCCGGCGCUGCUCCGCCUCCCGCCCGGCGGGCUGUCCCCGCAGUGCUCCGGGAUCCGGCGAGCCUUCGGGGCGCGCCUCGCUGCUGCUGGUUGAGUCUCCCGCGAUAAUAAAUGAUAGAGGAUACAAUGACUUUGCUGUCUCUGCUGGGUCGCAUCAUGCGCUACUUCUUGCUGAGACCCGAGACGCUCUUCCUGCUGUGCAUCAGCUUGGCGCUGUGGAGUUACUUCUUUCACACGGACGAGGUGAAGACCAUCGUCAAGUCCAGCCGGGACGCGGUGAAGAUGGUGAAGGGCAAGGUGGCCGAGAUCAUGCAGAAUGAUCGGCUGGGGGGGCUCGACGUGCUGGAGGCCGAGUUCUCCAAGACCUGGGAGUUCAAGAGCCACAACGUGGCGGUGUACUCCAUCCAGGGCCGGAGGGACCACAUGGAGGACCGCUUCGAAGUUCUCACCGACCUCGUCAACAAGACGCACCCAUCCAUCUUUGGCAUCUUCGACGGGCACGGGGGCGAGACUGCAGCUGAAUAUGUAAAAUCUCGACUCCCAGAAGCCCUUAAACAGCAUCUUCAGGACUACGAGAGAGACAAAGAAAACAGUGUGUUGUCUUACCAGACCAUCCUUGAACAGCAGAUUCUGUCAAUUGACCGAGAAAUGCUAGAAAAAUUGACUGUAUCCUAUGAUGAAGCAGGUACAACGUGUUUGAUCGCCCUUCUCUCAGACAAAGACCUGACUGUGGCCAACGUGGGCGACUCUCGCGGUGUCCUGUGUGACAAGGAUGGGAACGCCAUUCCCUUAUCCCAUGAUCACAAGCCUUACCAACUGAAGGAAAGAAAGCGGAUAAAGAAAGCUGGUGGUUUCAUCAGUUUCAACGGCUCCUGGAGAGUCCAGGGAAUCCUGGCCAUGUCUCGGUCCCUGGGGGAUUAUCCCCUGAAAAAUCUCAAUGUGGUCAUCCCAGACCCAGAUAUCCUAACCUUUGACCUAGACAAGCUCCAGCCUGAGUUCAUGAUCUUGGCAUCAGAUGGCCUCUGGGAUGCUUUCAGCAACGAGGAAGCUGUUCGAUUCAUCAAGGAGCGUUUGGAUGAACCUCACUUUGGAGCCAAGAGCAUAGUUUUACAGUCGUUUUACAGAGGCUGCCCUGACAACAUAACAGUAAUGGUGGUGAAAUUCAGGAAUAGCAGCAAAACAGAAGAGCAGUAAACCCUUUGGGCUUCAGCUGCCUUUAAUCUAUUAAAGGACUUUCAACCCACUGAUGUCUCAUAAGGUAGUGAAACAAGAGGGAGUUACAAUUAGGAUCAUCCGUCCCAACACGGGAUUCCUCUUCCCUGAUGGUUUUAGGUAGAUACCCGGUGAGGAACGGAGUACUCCUGGUCAUUGUAGCCGAGAGGCUGCAAAAAUGGUUUCUUCGUGUUUUCCCAACUCUUUCAUCCAAUGUUCAAAAUAGAUAGACAAUAUAGCUGUAGACUCAUAUGUACGAGGUGAACCACAUAUGUGCCAUAUAUUCUCCCUGUUAAGAUUCUUUGCAAGAUCCCAUAAGGACAGGCUCUGACAGCUGCAGGAGACAGACCACAGAGCCAGGGCUGACGGGACAGCUCCCAGUGCCAAGUGGCACAGCUGUCCCAAGAAUGCUUUGUCCUCCUGAGCUCAGGUUUCUGCUCAGCAACAGCCCAGAAAUAGAUCUGGAAUGGUUUAGUAUUCUGUGACUGCUCUGGAAACCCAAGGGAAGGAGAGGAUGAUGGCCGCCACCGUAGCAGAAACAACGUUUCCCCCUCUCGCCCUUUAUGAAUUAGAUCGACUUUGUGUCCCACCUCGCCUGUCUUCAUGCUUUUGUCCUGAUCAUGUGGG